AUGCCACCCACAUGCGAGGAUAGGACGCCAUCAAAGGGCCUUGAUCGGGCAGAACCUGAACAAGAUGCUACGACACCCCUCGCUCAGGAUUGUUGGACGCUACGCCUGAUGGAACGACACAUUACGGCAUAUCCGAGCUGUAUAAACUAUGAGGCUAUGCCCCAGCAUGCGCAGUCCCCUUCCAUUGUAGGUGCGGUUGGCAAAGGAAGCAAACCAACAGGCCCAUCUAGCCAAAACGACCUUGCCUUUCCGCCUAGGAUUCUGCGCACGACCAACCAAAUAACGGAUGACAUAAGAAAGCUAGCUUUUGAGAUGCGUCAGGAGUCGAUAAAGAUUAAAAUGUGUCAAACCAAACCUGAAACGGAUGGUUCCCACGAUCCUGCCUCAUCCCUGACACCCAUAAACUCCAAAAUGGGUUUGCGGGUUCCUUCGUAUGAUGGCCGAUCAACCUAUCGCCAUGAUUACUUUGGUGAGAUUGAUGGUAUCGGUUUUCAAAAGAAUAGUUCGAGGAAGUGGCUAGAAAAUUACCACAAAAAAUGGACUCCAGAAGAAGCAUCGGAUGUGAACCAGUCGAUACAAAUUCCAUACCUGACGAUCCCGGAGAGAAUCUGCAAACUCAAACCCACGAUGUAUCGUUCGGACUACAUGCCAUACGUUUCUCGAAACAGUUUCCGUACGCUUCCACAUCAGGUUAACUUGCCUGGCAUCGGAAAUACAUACGCGUAUUCGGCCUAUACAAACAAUGAUCCACGCCGUGACGUACCGUUUGACCCAGAUGUCGCCUCCAUUAAUGAGCUUCGAAGUGUGUUAUACGAAACCUACACUCCAUACUCUGGUUUAUCAGAAAAAGGUCCAGAGAAGCGUUCCCUGCGCGAGUAUUUGGGAAAUCUACGUGAAUCCAUGCGGCAAGCUCAUCAAGGACACGCAGUUCUUCAGGACGUGAGGUUGGGCUCGCACAGCAAGCCUGCUCCUAAACUCAUCCGAACGGUGGUUAUACCAGGAACGAAUGGGUGUCCCUCGCAGUGCAUUCCGAUGGAUCCUGAAAAUUACAUCAUGCUCCCGCGGGAUCACUUUGGUCAAAGACCAGUCUAUGAUUAUUAA